AUGGCUCCCAGCACUGAGGGCCAGCAGACUUUUGAUCUGAUGGUGGUUCGGGGCAGACAGGACUUAAAGAUCCAGGGCCCAAGACUCAACCAGACCAAAGAGGACAAGAUGUUGGUUCGACAUGGUCCUGAUCGACGCCUGGAUCCCAUCAUAACACCACCCAUGCCCCUAAUGGAGAUAACUCUUCCUCCUCUCUCUUCAUAUGAAGUCAUCGGGUGUUGCGUCACAGUGUUUAUCUGUGCCAGUCGCUCUCUGAGUGUGCAGGCGGUGGCCUGCCGCAGCAGUGUUCCUCCACAUCAAAGUCAGGAUGACAAAGGCAGCGGUGGAACACUGGUCUUUAUUGAUGUGGAGAACAUUAAUACGAGUGAAGCUGGGUGCGUGAGUUCCACAUCAUCCAGGUGUCCAGCAGCAGUCAGCACUGGCGCCUCCACAAGUGUAUCAACCCAGCCAAGGAUAAAGACUGUAAACUCACCAGCAGAGAAAGAGCCAAGCUGUGUUUCAGGGCCACACGAUGCAGGCCCCACCAAGAUACCUCGGAUGCCGUGGAAAAAUACACCUUUGCAGACCUGAAUCUGGGAAAUGAACGGAUAAUCAGUUCUUCCACACCCUGUGGAGAUUUCUUCUUCCGUGGUUGUCGGACCUCAGAGUCUCAGCGAGUAUAUGUGGCAUCAUCCAGGACAUCCUCCAGCAGCAAGACUCUCAUCAAUGAGGACAGAGACUCUGACAUCAC